GCCCUCCAGUUUUGGUUUGACGUGGCCCUAUCCUGCAAGGUGAGGGGAAGAACUUAAAGAAGCCCAAUACGUCAGCCUGCGCACAGCGGAGCCGUCAUCGGGCGGCGGGCGAGGCUCAAACAUCCCGGGGCUGCUGGUUGGAUUACCGGCUGACGUCACUGUAAAUUUGACUGAUCUGCAGAGAGCAUUAUAGCUGAGUACAGUCUUAACUAUUCCAAAGAAGUCUUAACCAGUUUUCCAACUGUUUAUCUACUGAGGGGUGGGAACCAUGUACUCCAGACGACGUGGAGGGAACCUGGGACUCCUGCUACUACUGGCCCAACUAUUCCAAGUGGGAUUUGAGAAUAUCCCACCUGUCACACUGCUAACAAUAGCACUGAAUGUCUUUCUGUUCUUAUCACCAAUGAAGCCAUUAUUGAAUGUUUGCAUCAAUGUACGCGAAACAUGGAAUGGACAAGAUUGGAAACGUCUUAUCUAUUCACCAUUUCACCAUGCUGACGACUGGCACCUAUAUUUCAACAUGGUGUCAAUGCUAUACAAAGGAAUCCACCUGGAACAGAGACUUGGCAGAAUCUGGUUUGCCUAUUUGUUGUCGGUGUUCUCGGUGAUGACUGGGAUUGUCUACUUGAUUUUGGAAGUGGCUCUAGCAGAACUGAUGGAUGAUCCGAACUAUAAAAUGCAAUGUGCGGUUGGCUUCUCAGGUGUUUUGUUUGCUCUGAAAGUUUUAAAUGGCUAUUACAACCCAGGAGGUGUGAGUUACGUGAUGGGCAUCCCAGUGCGGCAGCAGUAUGCAUGUUGGGCUGAGUUGGUUGCAAUUCAUUUAAUUGCCCCACGGUCAUCUUUUGUUGGCCACCUUUCUGGUAUUAUUGUCGGAUUACUAUACAUCAAAGGACCUUUGAAGGAUAUAAUGCAAGCAUGUGCUGAUAUUGUUUCGUCAAGCAACUACCCAAGACAACAAACCAGAUUCAGUAACCGAGGUAACUCUGGGUAUAGUUCUUCCAGAAAUGAUGGAUCAUAUGACACAACAGGCUUCACAGGAGGAAUGACUGAAGAGGAACAAUUGGACGCAGCAAUUUGGGCAAGUCUAAAUAAUCACGGUGUUAACACCCACAGAACUGCUGCUCACUGGAUUUGUUUUUGUUUUUCUCACCAUUCUCUGUAAAUGCUAGAAACUUGUACGUGAAAAUCCCAGUUUCUGAGAUAUUCAAAUUACCUUGUCUGGCACCAACAAUCAUUCUGCGGUCAGAGUCAUUUAGAUCAUAUUUCUUCCGCUUUCUGAUGUUUGGUCUGAACAACUGAAUCUCUUGAUCAUGUCUGCAUGCCUUUAUGUAUUGAGUUACUGCUACCUGAUUGGCGGAUUAGAUAUUUGCUGUACUGAGCAGGUGUAUCUAAUAAAGUGGCCAUUGAGUGUAUAUCCCUCAAUUUUUUGCAUAUGCAUCUGUAUAUUUAAACAUCUCUGAAAUGCUGCAAUUGUAUCUGCUUCCACCACUGCUCUUGGCAGCCCAUUCCAGGCACCUGCAGUUCUGUGUAUAUGGCCUGCAUAUCUCUUCUAAACAUUCCCCUCUAACCUUAAAUGCAUACCCCAUAUUUGACAGUUUUACCCUGGGGAAAAAGAUUCUGGCUGUCUACUCUAUCUAUGCCGCUCAUAAUUUUAUAUAUUUCCAUCAGAUCUCUCAGCCAAUGUUCCAGAGAGAACAGCUCUAAGUAUUGUCAAACCUCUCCUUAUACUCAUUCCCUCUAAUCUAGACAGCAUCCUGAUAAACCUCUUCUGCACCAGAGCAUCCACAUCCUUCCAGCAAUGGAGCACCCAGAACUGCAUGCAAUGUUCCAAAUAUAGCCUAACCAAAGAUUUUAUAGCUGCAACAUGACUUUCUUACUCUUAUUCAAGGCCGUCUGAGCAGACAAAGAUAUUACACUGAUCGGUAAGAAGGGAGGAGGGAUUGCAGUGUUUGUGAAUGAAAAAGGUGGUGUAAUCCCAGAUAUGUCACUGUAAAGGAACACUUUAUGUAGUCCAGACAUCAAACUUUUAGCCGUUGCGAUACAACCAUAUUAUUUGUCUCAACCGCCUUUUAGUUGCUG